AUGAGUGCACAGAAACAGGCCCUGUCUAAAAGGGUGAUUUUAGUAGACAACUAUGACUCCUUUACUUGGAACAUUUAUCAAUAUUUAUGUCAAGAAGGUGCCAAUGUCGAGGUUUACAGAAAUGACAAGAUCUCAGUUUCUGAAAUAGAAGCUAAAGAUUAUGAUAUCAUCGUCCUUUCCCCUGGGCCAGGACAUCCUGUUACUGAUUCUGGUAUCUGUCAAAAUAUUAUCAGACACUUUGCUGGUAAAAAACCAAUCUUCGGUAUUUGUUUAGGUCAACAAGCUAUGUACCACGUAUUUGGCGGUAUUGUAGAAUAUGCCGGGGAAAUUGUUCACGGUAAGACAUCCACAAUUACUCAUGAUGGUAAGGGUAUGUUCAAAGGUGUGCCACAAGGUAUAUCAGUCACUAGAUAUCAUUCAUUGGCAGGUAAUAUCAGUUCUUUGCCUGAUGAAUUGGUUUUGACUGCAAAAACUGAUGGCGGCAUUGUUAUGGGUGUUCGUCAUAAAAAGUAUGUUAUUGAAGGGGUGCAAUUCCACCCAGAAUCUAUUCUCACCGAAGAAGGACAUUUAAUGAUUAGAAAUUUGUUAUCAUAUUCAGCCGCUACUUGGGAAGAACAAGAAAAAUUGGAAUCUUCAUACACCAGAUCAAAUAUUGUGUCAUCUGGGAAAAAGAACAUCCUUCACGAGAUCUAUGCUCAGCGCAAACAAGAUUACAAAAUCCAAGAAGCUAUUCCUGGUCAGACUUUUAAUGAUUUGGAAACAUUGUAUAGUUUAGGAUUAGCUCCUAGUGUUUUGGAUUUCUAUAAGGCCCUUAAAGACAACAUCGGAAAGAAGAAUUCCGUACUUGGAGAAAUCAAAAGAGCUUCGCCAUCAAAAGGUGACAUUGCUUUGAAUAUUAAUGCUCUUCAUCAAGCAGAAAGAUAUGCAAAAGCUGGUGUCACUGCCAUUUCCGUUCUCACUGAACCACACUGGUUUAAAGGUUCUAUUGAAGAUUUGAAAAAUAUCCGCAAGUUGCUAGAUAAACACAGUGCCGACACUGGGUCUAGACCUUUGCUCUUGCGUAAAGAAUUCAUUUUCAACAAAUACCAAAUCCUUGAAGCUAGACUUGCUGGUGCAGACACUGUUCUCCUUAUUGUCAAGAUGUUGGAUGUUGCUACAUUGAAAGAACUCUACCAAUACUCUGUUUCUUUGGGUAUGGAACCAUUGGUUGAAGUCAACACUGUUGACGAAAUGAAGUCAGCGGUAGAACUCGGUGCUAAAGUUAUUGGUGUCAACAACAGGGAUUUGACAACUUUCAAUGUGGACUUGAAUAAAUCUUCAAGUUUGGUCAGUCUUUUGCCAAAAGAUUCUAUAUUGUUGGCGUUAUCUGGUAUAUUUGACAAGGAAACAGCCGCAAAAUACCAUAAGGAAGGCAUACAAGGUUUCUUGGUUGGUGAAGCCUUAAUGAAGGCCAAUGACCCAGCAGGGUUGAUUAAGGAAUUAAACGAAGCUUGA